UACGGUCGGUUAUUAAAACAAUUUUUGUGACGCUUGCUCGUAUAGUACGUAUAGUGCGAUGUUUGUUUAGAAUUAGUUCAUCAACUUAUUACAACAUAUGCGUUCAAUAAAUACACCAACUAGUUUCGUGACAAUGAAUUCUGAUAUAAUACGACUAAAAAAAGAAGUGCGACCAUAGUGUUUGAUAACAUUUUGAUAAUGUUUUACAUAUAAAGGAAAAGUGUAGAAAGAGACUUUGUGAUGUGAAAAAUGUUUUCUUAUCUUCUUGAAAAAUAGACUCUUGAUAUUUCUAACCUAACUAUAAAUGAAGAAACUUACUUAAAUUAUUAUGUUUUUCGUGUUACUCGACGCAUGGAGGCAGCGCGGCAUCAUGUCGGGCAUGACGGGCGCCAGUAUGCUGCGCACGCGCAGGAAGGAUGUCAACGUCAAGCCCAACCGGAAGUUGGACCGCAAGUCGUCGCGGGGCAUGCUCUACGAGAACGAAGAGCUGCGACUGCGAACGAUCAACAUCAACGCGGAAGUUGAAAGAGGUCAGUCGGACAUAAAGAAGCUGAAGCGCGAGAACGAACAGCUCAAGAGGGAGAUCUCGGCGCUUCGCUACGAGUAUGACAAGCUGGACCGCAUGCUGAGGGAGAGGAGGUCCUCGCCGGAGCACUCGGACUCACAAGGAGAUGGUUACGAUUCUGAAUAUCAAAAUUCUAACCCUGAAGUUUAUGAUGGUGAAGAACUGCAUAUUGAGCCGCCUGAACCGUACGCUGACGAAGAUCACAGUGACAGCGCGUCAGUGUGCAGCGCGUGCCCCGAGUGCGCGAGCGCCGACGGAUCUGUUCGCGCUGUUGCCUUUCAUGAUCUUAGCGUCGUGCCUGAGGAGGGGGAGCAGGAGAACAAGAGUGGUGCAGCGACUCCGUGUACUUGUGACGAGUGCCAAAAAGAUGUUAAAGCGGUCGAGGAGAAUGCCCAGUCGAACAGUAAGGACGCAAUAACAAUUAAAGAGACUACACGAACAGCGAACAAUGCGCAAAUACAGCCAAAUACGAAGGACAAUGGCUCCGAUCGAACUGUCGACGUGCUGGUUCAUGACGCUCCUACUGUACCGAGAUUCUUCCAAUCCGUCACAUCACAACCCUUCCACAUUGUACCACCUCCUCCAGGAUUCGUAAUAGCUCCCUACCAACCUCAGCGUUUCCACACCGGAGGCAACGUCGACGAUUUGUUGGGCGAAGUCCAACCUUCCCCAACGACGAUACAAACGACAUACAUCCAACAGAACUCCAUUUUCAUGUGUAACACUAGAAACAUUGUGCAAAAGAAGUGCUGCUGUCAAAAUCGUGACUCAAACGCCAAGACUGAAGCUUGUAACGAGCAAACACCAAAAUGUUACGUAACAGAAAAGAAUAUAGAACUCACAUACGAUUAUCCCAGAACGACACCCAUUCCAAGUAGCCCUAGUAAGAAAUCCGGAGACGAGGUACAUUCGACCACCACCGAAGUCGCGAGCACUGUUGUGUUCGUUGAAAAGAAGAUGCCCAGCAAGCCGAAGAAGUUCGAUUUCUUCUUUAGAUCGAGAUCCGCUCCAGUCGGUGACAACGAAGAACCGAUAUACGCUACAGUGAAUAAGCUACCAAAGAAAUUACGACGAAUGGAACUAGCGAAUCUUGAGAAGGAGGUGGCAUAUAGAAACGGUGAACAAGAUUCUUCAUCGCGUACAGAAAUAACUCUUAAAACCGAUUCAGAAUCUCAAGUGCCACCGCCCGACGAUGAUACAAGUAGAUCGGACCGAGAUAAAUCCACGAUACCCCAAAGACAAGAGUCUCCUAAAGCUAAGAAACGGAAGAGAUUCUCAUUGACGUUUAAGAAACGGGAAAGGAAAAGAAGGGAGAAGAAAGCGGAGGCGAAGAACGGAGUAAAAAACGGGAUAGUUGUCCAAGUGGAGAGUGAUAACGAAAGGCUGAUCGAGGAGCAAGACCCAAAGCACAAACACUGCACAAGGCACCGGCCGGUGCCACGCAACACCAUGUCAUCCUCGAGCUAUGGCCCGCGAUACAAGCGGGAUAGCUAUCAGGAGAUGACGACGUCGCAUUCAGAACACGAGCGAACGAACAGUGUGUGUUCGUCUGUCAACUCCCUCGGAUCAGCGUGUACCCAUAAAUCGAGGAAACUGUCUGCCGCCCCGCAGGACGGCUCGAUACCGUGGUGCGGGUGCUGGGGCGCCGGAUGUGUGUGAAGUGACCCUCAAACAAAAAUGUUCACAAUAAAAGUGCCGGAUUUGGAUUUAUCCCGUGGCUAUGUGUGAAUACACUAGGGAUGUAACGGAGGUUUUUCGGAACCGAUGGCGGAGGUUUAUAAUUUGAUUUAUCAGGGUCAGAAGUGAGAUUUUUCUCAUUUAAAAAUUAUUCAGUCAAAUUUUUUUCAUUUUAUUUUUUUAUUUAUAAAAUAAAUUGGUAUGAAAAAAUAGGCAUGUUUGGGUGAUUUUCAUCCUCGCCUGUUUAGACUGCAUCAUCACUUACCAUCAGGUGAGAUUGUAGUCAAGGGCUAACUUGUAAAUAAUAAAAAAAUAAAUAAAAAAAGUGACAGUGCCGACGUCGAAGCCGAAGGUAUAAUAAUAAUUGGAAGUUCCGACUUAACGGAGUCGGUUUCGAAGCUCCGUAACAUCCCUGGAAUAUUCAAGUGAUCUGUAAAUAUAUCUCAGUGGUUUGCGGAUAAGUGUGAAUACUCCCCCGGACUAUGGAACUGAUGAACCAUUUUAUUAAAAUGUUGAUAUUCUAAAAUUAUUUAGAAAAGUGCAGUUUUGUGUGCAUGUUGAAAAUGCAUUUAUAGUUGUUAGUUAUUUUGUAAAAUAUAUCGAAAGUAUGUAUGUAUGAUGUGUAAUUUUAGUCAUUUUUCGGAGUCUGUAUUCUGCCGUAUUAUGACAAAACACUGUAUUUUUAACCAACUACAAAAAAAUGAGGUUUUUAAAUCAAGCGUAAGUUUUUUUUUGUGUAUAUGUUACCUAAUUACUCGAAGACGCCUGGACCAAUUUGAAUAAUGUCUUUUUUGUUUGAAAUAUGUUCUUGAGGUGGUCCCAUUGUCAUCAUGUCAGAAUCUGAUAAGAGGAUCCUGGAGAAAUCGAGGGGAACUUUCAAAAAUCGUAAGGGCAACUAUAACGUUUGUUACUUUUUUAUUUGUUGAAAAUUAGUAAAACUUGAAUUAGUAAAAUUUUAUUAGUUAAAUUUGAAAAAUCGCAGUCCUUCGUUUUUACGGUCCUAUUAUUUGUUAGAAACUGUGAAUACUAUUAAUGCAUUUCUGAAGGUAUUUUUGAGUUUUAAUAAAAAUUUUUAAACGCCAGCAUAGUCGGAUGCGAUCUUCAUGACGUCUCCGAAAUAAGGUGUGGAUACCUAACGCGCAGGUCAUACAAAAAUCAAGAUGAUGCCCUGCCGCCGCGCCCCUACGUAACCGUUGAUACGUAUACUAUGUACGCUGUAGCAUGGUGCGGGUGACAGUUGCCUUAUGACGUUCAUAAUACGUACCUACUAAUAUCGUGAAUCGCGACAAACUUUCAAGAGUGAAACGAACUGUCACCCGCACCAUGCUAUAGCGCAUCUACUCGUAUAAUAAAUCUCAAACUCAUUGCGCGGCUCAAGGCACGUUUGGAGACGGCAAAAAUAUUGCAUCCGACUAUACUUACCUAUAUGUAACCACGUGCGAGGACCUCAUAAGAGAGUUACCACAAAACACCGUAUCUGUAGAUACCGUGUAAUGUCAUAGCAUGGCAGUAAUACAAGAUCGCAACUACAUAUAUUACCUCGUAAGGUUGUCCGUAGUUCAUCUGAUUCGAAUCCGAAACCAUCCAUAUUAUAAAAAAAUAAAUGCCAAUUUCCCACUACGUAUAAACCAGCGUUGCAAUCAUAAAGUCGGGAUUUAGUUUUUUUGAGUGACAAAAGCGGGAAUCUUUCACCGAAAACGAGACAUCGUAAAAAGAUCGUAUCAAUUCAAAAGUUUUUGAAUAUUUAUCUUUUUAUUUGAGUUCAAAUUUCGUUUACGUGACUGAUAGUAAAAAUAUCCAUUGAAAAUGUAUUUUAAUAAAAAUAUGUGUAAAUUGGAUUUACUGUUAAAUAGUUGAGUCUUAUUCGUCUUAUGAAAAAAAAAAACACAGACAUCUAAAUCAAAAAAGUUUUGUUCAUUAGAAAAAUAUGGCGUUUCCAACAGUAGUCUGACAAAAGUAAAUGUGCCAACCAGCCGCGGUUCUUUUCUCACAACAACGGACCGCACAAACGGUCGAGUUAUUCCUGAAAAACGGGACUGAGCCUGUCCCGCGCGGGACAUUUAAAUCAGAGUUAAAAAUUGGGACCUCUGGCAACACUAUUAGAGUUUGGCUAAUGAAAGUAGACUGCAAUCGCCCGCCAAAUUAAAAAAAAAAUAUUUAAACAAAUUAAAUAAACAUGCGUUUUCGUAAUUUGUAUAAAUAUUUUUUUUGUUUGUGAAUAUAUUACAACCUAUACCUACUUUAAGUGCCUAUUAAACUCAGUUAUUCCAAUAUUUGCACUAUAAUUUUGAGAAUUUAUUCCAAUUUUUUUUUAAUUUGGCGGGCGAUUUUAGUCUCUAUUUUCAUUAGCCAAACUCUAUCAUGGCUCACCUUUUUGCUAUUUUUAUUGAUCGAUUUUUUCCUGUAUAAAAGUUAACGUAUAUCCGAAUAGUCUGCGUAUUCCCAUCAUUGAAAAUAGUAAUUCAAAAAUUCCCGACAAAAGCUCUGCUUGAUAGAUUCCAUGUUACAAAAAUAGUGUGCCUGUAUGUAUAUAAAUAGAUGUGUAUGUAAAUAAUGUUAUAUUCAUGUGGUUGUAAGUCUAAAUGCACUAUAAAAUACAAAAGAAAUAAAGUUAUGAACUUCUGUUAAACAUAG